GUUGCUAUAACUGUGUACUCUGUGCAGUACUUACAUGUUUUCUGCCACGCAGGCACAGUGAAGUCAACCAACCGCAGUGAAUGGGUGGGAUCAGCCCGAACAGUCUGAUAGCCACGUAGCUAGCUACCAACGUUAGCUGUGCAGCUAACGUCAGCGGACGUUACAAUGGACUUGCCACAUCAUGGGUACCGAGCAACUAAACAGAGAGCUCGCGCAGCUCCCCCCACAGCAGACUCUGUCCUGUUUGAAGACACCAGCUCUGCAACACCAGCAAUGAACAGUCAGGGAUACUACACUCCUGGGUACAAUAUGGCAGGACCCCCUAAUGACAUGCAAGGAGGUGGUGGAGUGAACAACCUGUUUACCGAUCCGAUGGCCAACGCUGCCAUGAUGUACGGCUCCUCCUUAGCCAACCAAGGAAAGGAUAUGGUAAACAAAGAGAUCAGCAGAUUCAUGUCUGUGAACAAGCUGAAGUACUUCUUCGCCGUGGACACCAGAUAUGUGCUGAAGAAACUUAUGAUCCUCAUGUUCCCUUACACACAUCAGGAUUGGGAAGUUCGUUACCAUCGGGACACUCCACUGACACCAAGACAGGACGUGAAUGCUCCUGAUCUUUACAUACCAACAAUGGCUUUCAUCACCUACAUUUUACUCGCUGGCAUGGCCCUCGGCAUUCAGAAGAGGUUCAGCCCAGAGGUUCUUGGACUGUGUGCCAGCACUGCCCUCGUGUGGAUCAUCAUCGAGGUCUUGGUGAUGCUGUUGAGUUUGUACCUGCUGACUGUCCACAGCGACCUCUCGACCUUUGAUCUCAUCGCCUACAGUGGAUACAAAUAUGUUGGGAUGAUCUUCACAGUGUUGUGUGGCCUGCUGUUUGGCAGUGAUGGAUAUUAUGUGGCUCUCGCUUGGUCCUCUUGUGCCCUUAUGUUCUUCAUUGUUCGAUCUCUGAAAAUGAAGAUCCUUCCCUCUCUCUCGUCAGACUCCAUGGGAACAGGAUCAAGUGCCAAACCUCAGCUCCGCCUUUAUAUCACUGUGGCCACCGCAGUCUUUCAGCCAAUCAUUAUAUACUGGUUAACCUCACACUUGGUCAGGUGACCUUGAGGCAUUUAAUAACCUGAAGUCCAAGUGUACUGGACCCAAAAAAAUGUGGUUGUUGAGUGUUUGUACACCUACCUUUAUACGCUCUUUUGUCAGUAAACUCAAAACAUAUGUAGACAGUGUUGAGCCGCAGCGUGUGUUCAGCUCGUCAGAUGGACAUCUUCAUAAUAUGCAGUCGUCUCAUUGAUUUAACAAGUGUGAAACAGAAAAUGUCUCACUGUAGGACUGUUGUUUCCCACAGUGAGUGUACAUAACACUGACAAAUGCUUAUUUUUGGCCACCUAACUUUGAACACAAGGGCUUUCAUUGAGAUUUCUUUGAUCAUAACUUGGAUUCAGUUUACUUAGCAUUUUAUAUAAUGUCACAGGACAUGCUUUCCAGUAUUUACACCCCACAGCCAGACAGCACACAGACAGAAACGCACAUUACACAUAUGAUUCAAGUACCGUUUUUCUGGUAUGGUAAUGUUGCUGCAUUACCUCCCCUUUCUUGUGAAUCCUUGAUUUUAUUUAUCUACAUUUGACAAAGCAUGACAAUGUUUGGAUUUUUUGUAGAAAAAAUAAAUAUGUUUAGCUUUGUGUAUUCAA